UCUAAAACUAGGCAGGAGGGUAGAUCUCCAGGAACAAGCCUCUGGGACCCUCAAGACUCCUGAGCUUAUAUCUUGAUCUUCAAGCAGCUUGCUAAGAAACAUGGGUGUUUGGGUUACCUUUCCCAUUAUUCUGUCUGCCAUCUCAAUGAUCGGUUCAUGGACAGUAUAUGGAAUUGCAUUAAGUUUCAACCAUGUCUGCUCACUUAACAACUGGGAAUACAGAAACUCAUGUCUGACAAAUGAAACGUGCUGCACUUUGAAAAAUGUUCCAACAAUAAGUUCAAGUGGAACAAACUUACCAGAGAACUCCCUUUUCUCUGCAACAAUCAAUGCCGGUUCAUUUUUGUUCCUGAUUUUCAGCAUUUUACAUCAUGCACAUAUUGUGGACAGAAGCAGUGUUAAUUCUCUACUCAGUAAGAUUGGUAUGGUUAUCGGCUGUGUGGCAGCGGCAGGUGCUUUUAUGUCUGGGAACUUCAAUCCAGAAAAGUUGAUGGUGCUCCAUUAUCUGGGAGCUGGUUUGAGUUUUGUAUGUAUAUGUCUCUAUACCACCAUCCUGACUUACCUCACUGGCAAAUGUUCGCUGACCGGGUAUGAGCGGUUCCUCUACCCGCUACGUGUUUUCUUUUCAACGAUACAGGUUUCUGCCACCAUCCUCUACAUCAUCUUCUUCAUUCAGAUGACUUACUUUUAUAAACACAUCGCUGCUAUAUUUGAAUGGAUUCUCAGUGUCAAUCUGGAGCUCUAUGAACUCAGCUAUGCUGUGGAGUUUUACUUUUUCUCAUCAUCGAUGAUUUCAGUGCUCUUAGUAAAUAAAGAAGAGGAGAAACCUUUGAUUUUAUCUUGAUAUUGGACAAUUUCUGCUGUUUCUCCAUUAUAGAUUUGUUAAAUCUAACUAUGCAAG